GUCGAAGUGUUGUUGCUUUCGCCGGCAGCUUUUGCUGUAUUUGUGUUUAUAAAUUACCAAAAAUAAUCGUGUCACUUGUCAGUGUUUGCUGCAGUGUCGUGGUAGCAGGAGCAAGUGUUUUUUACUCGUGGAUUGUUGAUCUAUAUGUGCUAUUUUGUGUUGUCAGUCAGUUAAGAAUACCGGUAACCGAACGCAAGAUGUAUUCGCUUAGAGUGUGCAAUAUACUUAGAAACGGUGCAUUGAAGUCUGAAGUGGCUGUUCGUGGUUUUGCGAUUUCCUCCGUUCACAAUGAUAAUCAUAAGUGCAAAGUGUUGGUGGUUGGAGGAGGAGCAGGUGGAUGCGCUAUGGCUGCAAAACUGUCCAGCAAACUGGGCGAGGGAAAAGUCACCAUUCUGGAGCCUGCAGACAAACACUACUACCAGCCAAUGUUCACGUUGAUUGGAGGAGGAAUUAAGACACUGAAAGACAGUUAUCGUCCCAUGUCUAAAGUUCUGCCCACACUCGCAAAGUGGGUUAAAGAUUCCGCCGCAAAGUUCGAACCGGAAAACAAUACCGUUUAUACGGCAAACGGAGACAAGAUCGAGUACGAGUUCCUGCUGGUGGCCACCGGAUUGCAGUUGAAUUACGACAAGAUUCCCGGCCUGGUGGACGCCUUGUCCAUUCCCAAGGGCAAAGUUUGCUCCAACUACUCACCGAAAUACGUCGAUCGCACAUACCAGGCACUGCAGGCGUUCAAGUCUGGAAAUGCCAUUUUCACGUAUCCGAACUCUCCGGUCAAAUGCCCUGGUGCACCGCAGAAGAUUUUGUACAUUGGAGAACACUAUUUGCGCAAGUCAAAGAAAAGACAAAACGCAAAGGUGAUCUACAACACAUCACUUCCGGUAAUAUUUGGAGUCAAACAUUACGCGGAUCAGCUGUGGAAGAUCGUUGAAAAACGUGACAUCAAAGUAAAUCUCCGCACCAAUCUGAUCGAAGUCAUCCCCGACAAGAACCAAGCAGUAUUUCAGAACCUGGACAAACCCGAGGAAACGUUUACCACGGAUUAUGAAUUCCUCCACGUUACCCCUCCCAUGAGUGCACCUGAUGCGUUGGCAGCGUGUAAAAAUCUUGUAACAGAAACUGGAUUCGUCGAUGUGGACAAGGAUACUCUGCAGCACGUGCGAUAUGACAACGUUUUCGCCAUAGGAGAUUGCUCUGCUUCUCCAAAUUCGAAAACUGCUGCGUCUGUUGCCGCUCAGUCACAAGUUGUUUAUAAGAACAUGAUCGCCGUAAUGAAUGGAGUCAAGCCAUCGCAAGUAUUCAACGGUUAUGCUUCUUGUCCACUGGUCACUGGAUACAAUACUUGUAUUAUGGCUGAGUUCGACUACAGCCUGACCCCGCUGGAAACGUUCCCCAUCGAUCAGAGUAAGGAGCGCAUUUCCAUGUUUUAUAUGAAGAAAGACUUGAUGCCGCCUCUAUAUUGGCACCUGCUGUUGAAUGGUCUGUGGAACGGACCUGGCUUCGCCAGAAAGAUUAUGCAUUUCAGCUUGAAGUAAGGCUAUUUUCGUUCAAGUUUAUGAAUUAUGUGUGAUAUAAUAAAGCAACAAUUCUAGUAUUAUUCAUUACAA